AUGAAUGAUGCAGAAGAGGAAGCUAGUUAUCCUUAUGAUGAGCAGGAAGGUGAUGAAUAUGAAGAAGGUGGUGAUGAUGGUGAAGAAGAAGUAGAAGAGGAAGAUGAGGGUGAGGAAAUGGAGGUUGUUGGGGAGGAGGAGGAGGAAGAAGAAGAAAAUGUUGUUCAAAGGGUGAAGGAAGAAGUUGAGGAAGUAGAUGAACAAGAGCAACUACAACAAGAUCAUGCUGAUCAUGCUGGUGGUGAUGAUGAUGAUUACGAGGAGGAGGAUGAGGAUGACACUGAUGACGACGACGAGGAUGAUAAUGUUGAUGGAGGUGGUAAUGAUAAUGGGAUGGAUGACGAUGAGGAUUCAGAAAGGAAUGGUAAAAAGCGAAAAUUGAAGGAUUUGUCAUUAAGCUAUGAGUUUGCUCCGCGUGUAGUAGUACCACAACCAUCAGCAAUUGCAAUGUCUGUUCCAAAAUCUUCUUAUGGUGGCCGGAAGAAUGCUGCAGCUGAUUGGACUGAACAUGCAACAUUUGUUCUGUUAGAUACUUGGGGAGAUAAAUUUCUUCAGCUUGGAAGGAAAAGUCUUAGGCUAGAUGAAUGGAUCGAAGUGGCUAAGAAG